AUGCAGGGGUUCCGACACCUUAAGCCGCUGCUAGACGCUCCUGGCAAGGCAUUGUACCCAGAGAAUUUCUUCUUGCUUCGUGGGAACCAUGAGAGCGCCUCCAUCACACGAAUCUAUGGUUUCUACGACGAGUGCAAGCGACGAUUCAACAUCAAGCUAUGGAAGACCUUUUGUGACGUGUUUAACUGCUUGCCAAUCAGCGCUCUGGUAGAUGAGAAGGUCAUUUGCAUGCAUGGCGGCCUUUCCCCGGAGUUGCAACACUUCGAUCAGAUCCGGAAAAUUGUGCGGCCCACGGAUGUGCCUGACUCCGGUUUGGUAUGUGACUUGCUAUGGGCAGAUCCGGACAGGGAUUACGUUGGCUGGGCAGAGAACGACCGUGGCGUGUCCUACGUUUUUGGGACAGAUGUGGUGGCGGCAUUCCUCAAACGUUACAACCUGGAUUUGGUCUGCAGGGCACACCAGGUGGUUGAAGAUGGGUAUGAGUUCUUUGGGAAGCGCCAGUUAGUGACAUUGUUCAGUGCUCCCAACUACUGCGGCGAGUUCGACAACGCAGGGGCGAUGAUGACUUUGGAUGAGACUCUCAUGUGCAAGUUCAUUGUGCUCAAGUGGCUUGGGCUUUCACAAGUUUGGAGUAUAGCUUUCACAUUUGGGGGGAUUUGGGGGGAUUUGAGGGAACAAGAAUCUCGGUUUAAACUCGAAACGUGCUUCUUGCACGUGUUUGCCAGCCCUAGUUGCAUGUGA